AUGGAAGCAGCGGCAACUCCUACCAAUGACAGUAAGGUUGUUCUCAAUUUUCUCCACAAACACAUAUUUACUCAGUUUGGAACUCCCCGAGCUAUUAUAACUCAUGAAGGGAUUCAUUUUUGUAGUAGUCAUUUUGAUGCUCUACUUUCUCGGUAUGGAGUAAGGCGUAGAUCCUAUUUGGCUUAUCAUCCACAACCUAUUGGCCAAGCAGAAGUGUUUAACAGAGAAGUGAAGAGUAUCCUUGAAAAAAUAAUUAAUAGUUUAAGAAAAGAAAGCUCUAAAAAGCUUGAUGAUGCAUUAUGGGCAUAUAUAACGACAUUCAAGACUCCAAUUGGCAUGUCCCCUUAUCGGCUAGUAUUUGGAAAAGUAUGUCGUUUACCAGUGGAGUUAGAGCAUGGAGCCUAUUGUGCAAUUAGGCAAUUGAAUGUGGAUUUGAAAAUAUCUGGACAAAAUAGGCUCAUGGAAAUAAAUGAACUUGGUGAAUGGUGCAAUGAAGCAUAUGAGAAUGUUAAGAUCUACAAGGAACGCACUAAGGCAUCUCACAGAAAAAUCCUUGUUCGUAAAGAGUUUCAACCAGGGCAGCAAGUAUUAUUAUUUAAUUCAAGGUUGAAAUUAUUUAUGGGCAAGUUAAAGUUAAGAUGGUUUAGACCGUACACAGUGGUGAAAGUAUUUCAUUACCGGUCGAUGGAAUUACAAAGCAAGAACAACGAAACAUUCAAGGUGAACGGUUAA